AUGCCGUUGCCGAAGUUGACAUCUCAUAUACUGCUGAAGUUCCCCUGCUCCAUAUGCGGCUUCAUCAUCAUCGCACGGCCAGACAUCCCAACACUUUUUGCCAACCUCGAACGGCACGGAGUUUCCUGUAAUGCACCUUCAGAAUGGCUGAGUGAUCUACGGGCAUUCCAUCCUCACGAACCCUUCCUCACCGGAGUUGGACGCAAUUUGGGACCUGGCGAUAUUUUGGAUGGCAGCCAUGCCCCGUCAGACCCCGCCAAAUCCUGCGACGAUGGCGACUAUCAGGACAGCGAUAGGAUUAGCUUUAAGAUUCGGUUACCGCCGCAUUACCAACCAGGGCCAUUAGAUGUCGGCUACCCGAUCCAUCACGCAUGUUGGCAGUUACUGCAUCGCCAGGCACAAUUACAAGGCAUAGAGGACUUGACAGAUGCUCGCUACACGGAUUUCUUAUUUCAACUUCACAAUUCAACACUGGAUGGUACAGGCCAGGUCUGGAGUGGUGAUUAUGGAGGCCUUCUAGGCCCUGCUGGUGAAAUAAGGAUUAGCACCGCAUACGACGCGUGUUUUAAUCCAUUCGAUAUCGGGGCCGUUACCGCCUUCAUCAAACGCGCACGAGCCAAAAUGGUUCCCCGAAUGCAGGAAAGGCCGGUUUUUGGCCGGGAACGCAAAUCACGAGAACUAGCAUGUCUGUUUAGAUCCCUUGAUCCGCUUGGCUCAAAACCUUGCUUUGACGCCCUUCCACUGGAAAUUAUUUAUUUGGUCAUGGAGCAGCUCUCUGUUCGAGACAUUCUCAACUUCUGGAUUGCCUCUCCCAGUGUCCCCGAUUUCUUUCCUCAGAGAUUUUGGAGGUCUAGAUUUGAACUUGGAAUGGAGUUUGGUCACCUGUUCGAAUUUAGGGACUUGUGGCAUAACCAAGAUGUUCAUUGGUAUACACUGUUUUGGAAAGCUAGAGAUUUGCUAUCGUCGCCCGAGGUUGGGACGCCUAUCCGAAAUCGUCGUCGGAUUCUACCGGUGGCCGACCGCACAAUUGAGUUGGCUUCGAAAUACGUGGAUUGUCCAGUGGAGGGGGACGAAGGGGAACCUCUUGAUCCAAUCCUCCUAGAGACAGAUGGAUUCUCCGCCCAUCGAAUGCGACUAAGCUUGCCAUCGCCUGAUCAAAUAAAAGCACUGCAUAUAUCUACUGUUCAAGUUGGCUGUCAGCAAUAUAUAAGCGGCCUUCGACUCAAUGAUAGCCGUACUGGGCUGGGGUACUACCAUGGUUCUACAAGCAAAUCAUUUCAAAUUGACACAUCUUUAAGGGGGCCUGUCCGCGAGAUCAUUUGCUUUACGGACUACAUGGGUGCAACCAAACUUAUUGCCUUGGGAGUAGACACUCCUCUUACCGCACCGCAAGAUAGCCGCAGCCAUGUGCUUUGGCGUAGCCGCCUGCCCCCAGAUAAUGUGACAGUGGAUCUAGAACGUCACAUGUAUCACAAAAUACUCAGGCCCCGGCAGACCCCCUGGAAUAUCAGAUACAAUCCUGUCCAUUACCAUGUCUUCGACACACGAGAUUCUCUGACUGGCAUUACAGGAUAUGUUUUGCACCUGAAUUGGAACCUCGUGGGCCUUGAAUUUUCCUACGAGGAAGGAAACAACCCAAAUGCCACGCCGAAUAUUAUCUCAUUUGGCGAGAAACGGGGAACACCAAUGCAUUUCCCCGUUGAUGGAGCUGGCGGUGAGCACAUCACUGGGCUCACAAUCACUACAAUGUCCGCCGGUCCGCUAGCUCCGGUCGUGUCGCUGACCACGAACCGCGGCCGCUCAACUUGGUUCUCUGUUAAGAAAUCGCUCGUCGACGUGCCUCAGAAAUACGUUCACGAGUCUCACUACACUCCAGGCCCAGAUUCCUUUGGAAGCCCCAUGUUGUCAUUACCUGUUCCCUCUGUAGAGGACUACGACCUUCUCCUGCCCCUUAUUUCCUGGUUCUUCUAUUCAAUCAAUCGUCCACAAACCCCUCUAGUCUCGCUGAUUCGUUUGCAACGAUGUCGUUUCAAGCCCGUGGUCUCCUUCGAACGCGCUCCAGGGAGGAGCUAUGGGAAGAAACUCGAGAUGCUGAUUUGGGUUUACGAGAAUCAAAAACAACCGAAUUCUGGGAAGCAUGAUAAUGGUUAUUACGUGAACUCGCAGCAGCCCCCCAAAGAUGGGAGCCCCAAAUAUUGCGACCUAAUCGUUUCAGCUAAAGCCGCCCAUCGCAAAAAGGUUCGGCUUAUCGUUGUCGAAGCUAAAAGAUUAAAGAUAUACCAGUCGCAGUCACAGAUUGCAGCGCUUGAGGCCCAACUAAGGGACUACUGUAACUAUGCCUUGGAGGAUCUUGACCUUGAUGCUGGUCCCAUGGUAUACGGACUGGCUGUCACCGGAACGCGCGGCAGAAUGUUUACUCUUAGUCUAGGCGAAGAACUCCGACCCAUGCUGGCUGGGUUUGCGUUGGGCGCUGGCCCGGAUGGGAAUGGUUAUAGGGACGCCGAGGAAAAUAUCUGGAACGAAGCUUUUCUCCUCGUUAAGGCCAUGCCAUCAACUGGUGCUCUGGCAAAGCCGCUUUGA